AUGUUUACAGGCUGGAAUACAUACGUAGCUGAGCUAGAACGAUUGCAGAACAACAGUUCAUCGUCAGAACUCCUUAAAAAUGUUCGAUCGACCAACAAACCAAGUGGCUUGAAAGAUUUCCCAUGCAAUGUAGGUAUUGUGAAAGGAGAGAAAGUAGCAGAUUCAGUUCAUUCACUGCGGCCCGGUGAUGUAAAGGUUGUCGGCGCAAUCGGAGAUUCUCUCACAGCUGGUAAUGGAGCUCGUGCAUCAGUACUUCCACAAUGCUUGAUUGAAUACAGGGGAUCAUCAUUUAGUGUUGGUGGAGCUAAUGUUCUCGAAAAACAAAUAACUUUUCCAAAUAUCUUAAAAAAGUACAAUCCAAAUGUGGUAGGUUUCUCAAAAGGAACGAGUAUGAAAUGGUUUAAUGAUGAGGACAAGUCUCAGUUCAAUGUUGCCGUAGCCGGAGCAGAUGCUAAAGAUAUUUUAGGACAAGCCCGUGUAUUAAUAAAGAGAAUGAAAUCACAUCAUGCAGUGGAUUUUGUUAAUGAUUGGAAAAUUGUUACAGUAUUAAUUGGUGGUAAUGACCUUUGUGAUUGGUGCGAUGACAAAGAAAUAUUCAAGCCAGAACGUUAUAUUUCUCACAUCAGAGAGACACUGGAUCUUUUACACUCGGAGAUGCCUAGAACAUUUGUAAAUCUGUUGUUGGCACCUAAUGUGAUUGAAUUAGCAAAACUGAGUGGAAUCUCCUGUAAAGUGGUACACCAUUUCUUAUGUGAGUGUGCAUCCUUUGGAAAUGAAGUCAAGUUAAUGCCCAUUUUGCAACAAUAUCGGGUUUUAACUAAAGAGUUAGUGGCUAGUGGUAGAUAUGACACAAAAGAUGACUUCACCGUUGUAUUACAACCGUUCCUUGAAAAGACAACUAUCCCAACAAAAAAGUCUGGUGAUGUUGAUUAUUCAUACAUUGCCCCAGACUGCUUUCACUUUAGUGUCAAAGGUCAUGAACAGGCGUCCAAAGCUCUGUGGCAUAACAUGCUUGAGCCUGUUGGAAAUAAAAGUACAUUAUGGAUGCCUGGUGAGCCGCUGCGUUGUCCAACUCAGGAAAACCCGUUCUUUUACACAGCACUGAAUAGUGAAAGUAAACCGAAAAGCUUUGCUACCUCAUACGGUGGUAGUGCUGGUGAAGACAAUCCAAGUGGGCGCACAGUGAAUAGUGCUUUGAUAGGGUUUAUCGGUGUACUUGCUAUUCUUGCCUGUGUUAUUAUAACUACUAUGCUAGUGAUAAAAAGCAGCAAGAACAAACUGAAGGGGAAAACGGAGGAAAAUGAAUGGCUAUUGACAAUGAAUUCUGUUGAUGCUUAA